UGUACUGUGGAAUAGAUGAGACAGUUCUUUUUUUUCGUCAGUAUCAGACUUUUAAGGGGCACAGUAAAGUCUAUAGAUGCUGCUGCAGGCUACGACUUUGCCACAGAUGUAGCCUCUGCUCUUUCAAGAUACAAGAGAACCUGAGGAACCAGACUUGACAUAUCUGAAAAUGGACACCGCAGGAGUCAAAGUGCUGGAGACAGCUGAAGAUAUCCAGGAACGUCGGCAGCAGGUCCUGGACCGCUACCGGCGUUUCAAGGAGCUGUCGAUAAUGCGCCGGCAGAAGCUGGAGGACUCGUAUCGCUUUCAGUUCUUCCGCCGUGAUGCUGAUGAAUUGGAGAAGUGGAUCCAGGAGAAGCUGCAGAUUGCCUCUGAUGAGAACUACAAGGACCCUUCCAACCUGCAGGGCAAGCUGCAGAAACAUCAAGCUUUUGAAGCUGAAGUUCAGGCCAACGCUGAAGCAAUCAUCAAACUGGACAAGACUGGAAAUCUAAUGAUCACUGAGGGCCACUUUGCGUCUGACACUAUUCGAACUCGUCUGGAGGAGCUCCAUCACCUGUGGGACCUCCUGCUGGAGAAAACCAAGGAAAAGGGCAUGCGUCUGUUGCAGGCCCAGAAACUGGUCCAGUAUCUGCGUGAGUGUGAAGAUGCCCUGGACUGGAUCAGUGACAAGGAGGCCAUUGCCACAUCAGAAGAGCUGGGCCAGGACCUGGAGCACGUGCAGCUCCUGCAGAAGAAGUUUGAGGAGUUCCAGACGGAUCUGGCUGCCCAUGAGGAACGUGUGAAUGAGGUGAACCAGCUUGCAGCUAAGCUGAUCCAGGAAUCCCAUCCAGAGGGAGAGCUCAUUGUGCGCAAGCAGGACGAGGUCAACGCAGCCUGGCAGCGCCUGAAGGGCCUGGCCCAACAGAGGCAGGGCAAGCUGUUUGGAGCUGCUGAGGUGCAGCGUUUCAACAGGGAUGUGGAUGAAACCAUCAGCUGGAUCAAGGAGAAGGAGCAGCUGAUGGGGUCUGAUGACUUUGGGCGUGACCUGGCCAGUGUUCAGGCUCUGCUGCGCAAACAUGAGGGCCUGGAGAGAGACCUGGCAGCUUUGGAAGAUAAGGUCAAAACUUUGGGUGGUGACGCUGAGCACCUGCAGCAGACACAUCCCCAGAACGCUUCGCAGAUCCAUUUGAAAAAGGACGAACUUAUCACCAACUGGGAACAGAUUCGCACUCUGUCUACUGAGCGCCGUGCCCGUCUGAACGACUCCUACCAGCUGCAGCGUUUCACUGCUGACUUUAGGGAUCUGACUAGCUGGGUAACUGAGAUGAAGGCUCUGAUCAAUGCUGAUGAACUGGCCAAUGAUGUGGCUGGAGCUGAGGCCCUGUUAGACCGCCAUCAGGAGCACAAGGGAGAGAUUGACGCUCACGAGGACAGUUUUAGAACUACAGAUGAAGCUGGCCAGGCCUUGCUCAGUGCAGGACACUAUGCCUCUGACGAGGUGAAGGAAAAGCUUGGUGUCCUUGCUGCAGAAAAGGAGUCUCUGCUGGAGUUGUGGGAGGUUCGCAGGCAGCAGUAUGAGCAGUGCAUGGACCUGCAGCUCUUUUACAGGGAUACUGAGCAAGUUGACAACUGGAUGAGCAAGCAAGAGGCUUUCCUCCUGAAUGAAGACCUUGGUGACUCCCUGGACAGUGUAGAGGCACUGCUUAAAAAACAUGAAGAUUUUGAGAAGUCGCUGAGUGCUCAAGAAGAGAAGAUCACUGCUUUGGAUGAAUUUGCUACCAAACUGAUUCAGAACAACCACUAUGCCAAAGAGGAUGUGGCUACACGCAGAGAUGCUCUACUCAGCCGCCGCAAUGCCCUGCAUGACCGUGCUCAGUCUCGUCGUGCUGCCUUGGAGGACUCCUUCCACCUCCAGCAGUUCUUCAGGGACUCUGAUGAGCUUAAGAGCUGGAUCAAUGAAAAGAUGAAGACUGCUACUGAUGAGGCUUACAAGGACCCCUCCAACCUGCAGGGCAAGGUGCAGAAACACCAGGCCUUUGAAGCUGAGCUGUCUGCUAACCAGAGCCGAAUCGAUGCCUUGCAGAAGUCAGGCCAGGAGCUGCUGGAUGGAAAGCAUUAUGCCUCAACUGAGGUUUCUGGUCACAUGGAAGAAGUCAGCUCUCAGUGGAAAAAACUGCUGGAGGCUACUGAGCUCAAAGGCAUCAAGCUGCGUGAAGCCAACCAGCAGCAGCAGUUCAACAGAAAUGUAGAGGACAUAGAGCUGUGGCUGUAUGAAGUGGAGGGUCACCUGGCUUCAGAUGAUUAUGGAAAAGACCUGACAAGUGUUCAGAACCUACAAAAGAAACAUGCACUGCUGGAGGCUGAUGUGGCAGCUCACCAGGAUCGGAUUGAUGGCAUAACAAUCCAGGCCCGCCAGUUCCAGGAGGCUGGCCACUUUGAUGCUGACAACAUCCGCAAGAAGCAAGAGGCCUUGGUGGUUCGGUAUGAAGCUCUGCGUGAACCCAUGGCUGCACGCAAGCAGAAGCUGUCAGACUCUCUAAGGCUGCAGCAACUGUUCAGAGAUAUUGAAGAUGAGGAGACCUGGAUCCGUGAGAAAGAGCCCAUCGCUGCCUCUACUAACAGAGGCAAAGACCUGAUUGGUGUCCAGAACUUGCUGAAGAAGCACCAGGCUCUGCAGGCUGAAAUCACAGGUCACGAGCCUCGCAUUAAGGCUGUCACCCAGAAGGGAGAAGCUAUGGUGGAGGAAGGUCACUUUGCUGGUGAGGAUGUGAAGGCUAAGCUGGCUGAGCUGCAUGGGCGUUGGGACACUCUGAAGGCCAAGGCCUCCCAGAGGAGACAGGACCUUGAGGACUCUCUGCAGGCCCAGCAAUACUUUGCUGAUGCUAACGAGGCCGAGUCUUGGAUGAGGGAGAAGGAACCCAUUGUUGGGAGCACAGACUACGGCAAAGACGAGGACUCAGCUGAGGCUCUGCUAAAGAAGCACGAAGCCCUGAUGUCUGACCUGAGCGCUUACGGCAGCAGUAUCCAGGCCCUGAAGGAGCAGGCCCAGUCCUGCAGGCAACAAGUUGCCCCAACCGAUGAUGAGACCGGGAAGGAGCUGGUCCUGGCACUGUAUGACUAUCAGGAGAAGAGCCCACGUGAAGUUACCAUGAAGAAAGGAGACAUUCUCACUCUCCUCAACAGCACUAACAAGGACUGGUGGAAAGUGGAGGUGAAUGAUCGCCAGGGCUUCGUUCCUGCUGCUUAUGUGAAGAAGCUCGACCCCACCCAAUCCUCUUCCAGGGAGAACCUGCUGGAUGAACAUGGCAGCAUUGCACUCCGCCAGGACCAGAUUGAAAAUCAGCUUGUCACCAAGGAGGCCUGCAGCGUGUCUGUGCGCAUGAAGCAGGUGGAAGAGCUAUAUGGUACUCUGUUAGAGUUGGGGGAGAAGCGCAAGGACAUGCUUGAGAAAAGCUGCAAGAAGUUUAUGUUAUUCCGUGAGGCCAACGAGCUCCAGCAGUGGAUUCAUGAGAAGGAGAGCACCCUCACUAAUGAGGAGAUGGGCUCUGAUCUGGAGCAGGUUGAGGUUCUACAGAAGAAGUUUGAUGACUUCCAGAAGGACCUCAAGGCCAAUGAGUCUCGUCUGAGGGAUAUCAACAAAGUGGCUUCAGAGCUGGAGUCUGAAGGCCUUAUGGCUGAGGAGGCCCCCAUGGUUCAGGCUCAGCAACAAGAGCUGCUUGGUGCUGCUCCUGGCAAGGAUGAAGCGGAUUCUAAGACUGCAUCUCCAUGGAAGAAUAUACGCUUGGCUGUUCAAACAACGGCUAACUUUAAUACAAUCAAGGAGCUGAACAACCGCUGGCGAUCCCUGCAACAGCUGGCUGAAGAAAGGAGCAACAUGUUGGGGAGUGCACAUGAGGUGCAGCGGUUCCACAGGGAUGCUGAUGAGACUAAAGAGUGGAUUGAGGAGAAGAACCAGGCCUUGAACACUGACAACUACGGUCACGACUUGGCCAGCGUCCAGGCUUUGCAGCGCAAACACGAGGGCUUUGAGAGAGACCUGGCUGCCCUGGGGGAUAAGGUUAACUCUCUCGGAGAGACAGCAGAGCGCUUGAUCCAGUCUCACCCUGAAUCGGUGGAUGACAUCCAGGAGAAAUGCACAGAGCUGAACACUGCUUGGAGCAGCCUGGUGGGACGUGCUGACCAGCGCAAAGACAAGCUUGGCAAUUCUCAUGACCUGCAGCGUUUCCUCUCUGACUUCAGAGAUCUCAUGUCCUGGAUCAAUGGCAUCCGAGGAUUAGUCUCCUCAGAGGAGCUGGCUAAGGAUGUGACUGGAGCCGAGGCCCUUUUAGAAAGACACCAGGAACACCGUACAGAGAUUGAUGCUCGGGCUGGUACUUUCCAGGCAUUUGAACAGUUCGGACAGCAGCUGCUGGCUCGAGGCCACUAUGCUAGUCCUGAGAUUCAGCAAAAACUCGAGGCUUUAGACCGUGAGCGUGCUGAUCUGGAGAAGGCCUGGGUGCAGCGCCGCAUGAUGUUGGAUCAGUGCCUAGAACUUCAGCUUUUUAACAGAGACUGUGAGCAGGCUGAGAACUGGAUGGCAGCUCGUGAAGCCUUCCUCGCCAGUGAUGACAAGGGUGACUCCCUGGACAGUGUGGAGGCCCUCAUUAAGAAACAUGAAGACUUUGACAAGGCCAUUAACGUUCAGGAGGAGAAGAUUGCUGCUUUGCAGUCUUUUGCUGACCAGUUGAUUGGAGCCGACCAUUACGCCAAACCUGAGAUUCUUAACCGGCGCAAUGAAGUUCUUGACAGGUGGCGCCGGCUGAAGGCACAGAUGAUCGAAAAGCGCUCCAAGUUGGGUGAAUCCCAGACCCUGCAGCAGUUUAGUCGUGAUGUGGACGAAAUUGAGGCUUGGAUCAGUGAGAAACUACAGACUGCAACUGAUGAGUCUUACAAGGAUCCCACCAACAUCCAGCUGUCCAAGCUGCUGAGUAAGCAUCAGAAACAUCAGGCGUUUGAGGCCGAGCUGCACGCUAAUGCAGACAGAAUCCGUGGAGUCAUUGACACAGGCAACGCCCUGAUCCAGAGAGGAGCCUGUGCCGGCAGCGAGGAUGCAGUCAAGGCACGUCUCGGUGCUUUGGAUGAACAGUGGCAGUUCCUCGUCAACAAAUCUGCAGAAAAGAGCCAGAAACUCAAAGAGGCCAACAAGCAGCAGAACUUCAAUACUGGCAUCAAGGACUUUGACUUCUGGCUCUCUGAGGUGGAAGCCCUUCUUGCCUCUGAGGAUUAUGGAAAGGAUCUGGCUUCAGUCAACAAUCUGCUGAAGAAACACCAGCUGCUGGAGGCUGAUAUUUCUGCCCAUGAGGAUCGUCUGAAGGAUCUGAACGGCCAGGCUGACAGCCUGAUGGCCAGCAAUGCUUUCGAUACUACUCAGGUGAAGGACAAGCGUGAUGCUGUCAACGGCCGCUUCGCUAAAAUCAAGAAUAUGGCAGCCAGUCGUCGCGCUAAACUAAACGAAUCCCACCGCCUGCACCAGUUUUUCAGAGACCUGGAUGAUGAAGAGUCUUGGAUCAAAGAGAAGAAGCUACUUGUGAGUUCGGAGGACUAUGGACGUGAUUUGACAGGAGUACAGAAUCUGAGGAAGAAACACAAGAGGCUGGAGGCUGAGCUUGGAGCCCACGAGCCAGCCAUCCAGUCUGUGCUGGACACUGGGAAGAAGUUGUCAGAUGACAACACUAUUGGCCAGGAGGAGAUCCAGCAGAGGCUCGCCCAGUUUGUUGACCACUGGAAAGAACUUAAGGACUUAUCUGGAGCGAGAGGAAAGAGGCUUGAGGAAUCGUUGGAGUACCAGCAGUUUGUGGCGAAUGUGGAAGAAGAAGAAGCCUGGAUUAAUGAGAAGUUGAAUCUAGUGGGAAGUGAGGACUACGGAGACACACUUGCUGCUGUGCAGGGUUUACUGAAAAAGCAUGAAGCAUUUGAGACUGAUUUCACUGUACACAGAGACAGAGUGAAUGAUGUGUGCGCUAACGGAGAGGAGCUCAUCAAGAAGAACAAUCAUCAUGUGGACAACAUCAGUGCCAAGAUGUCAGCUCUGCGAGGAAAAGUGUCUGAGCUGGAGAGGGCUGCAGCACAGAGGAAGGCCAAGCUGGACGAAAACUCUGCCUUCCUGCAGUUCAACUGGAAGGCCGACGUUGUGGAAUCCUGGAUCGGUGAGAAAGAAAACAGCCUGAAGACUGACGACUAUGGUAGAGACCUGUCCUCUGUGCAGACGCUGCUUACCAAACAGGAGACAUUUGAUGCUGGCCUGCAGGCCUUCCAGCAGGAGGGCAUCACCAAUAUUACAACUCUGAAAGACCAGCUGCUGGCUGCCAAACACGUCCAGUCAAAAGCCAUUGAAGCUCGUCACGCUGCCCUAAUGAAACGCUGGAAUCAGCUACUGUCGAACUCUGCUGCACGCAAGAAGAAGCUUCUGGAAGCCCAGGAACAUUUCAGAAAGGUCGAAGACUUGUUCUUGACAUUUGCUAAAAAGGCGUCAGCCUUUAACAGCUGGUUUGAGAAUGCUGAGGAGGAUUUGACAGACCCUGUGAGGUGCAACUCUCUGGAGGAGAUCAAAGCCCUGCGUGAAGCCCACGAGGCUUUCCGUUCCUCACUGAGCUCAGCUCAAGCUGACUUUAACCAACUGGCAGAACUGGACCAACAGAUCAAGAGCUACCAGGUGGUGUCCAACCCCUACACCUGGUUCACCAUGGAGGCCCUGGAGGAGACCUGGAGGAACCUGCAGAAGAUCAUCAAGGAGCGUGAGCUAGAGCUGCAGAAGGAGCAGAGGAGGCAGGAGGAAAACGACAAGCUGCGUCAGGAGUUCGCGCAGCACGCCAACGCCUUCCACCAGUGGCUACAAGAGACCAGGACAUAUCUUCUGGAUGGGUCAUGUAUGGUGGAAGAGUCUGGUACCCUUGAAUCCCAACUGGAGGCCACCAAGCGUAAGCACCAGGAAAUCCGUGCCAUGCGCAGCCAGCUGAAGAAGAUUGAGGACUUGGGUGCAGCUAUGGAAGAGGCACUGAUCUUGGACAAUAAGUAUACAGAGCAUAGUACAGUGGGCUUGGCCCAGCAGUGGGACCAAUUGGACCAACUGGGAAUGAGGAUGCAGCACAACCUGGAACAACAGAUACAGGCCAGAAAUACCACUGGAGUGACAGAAGAGGCUCUGAAGGAAUUCAGUAUGAUGUUCAAACACUUUGACAAAGAGAAGUCUGGCCGUCUGAACCACCAAGAGUUCAAGUCAUGUCUCCGCUCACUGGGCUAUGAUUUGCCCAUGGUGGAAGAGGGAGAACCAGAUCCUGAGUUUGAGGCCAUACUCGACACAGUGGAUCCCAAUAGGGAUGGAAACGUGUCGCUGCAGGAGUACAUGGCGUUCAUGAUCAGCCGUGAAACUGAGAAUGUCAAGUCUAGUGAGGAGAUCGAGAGCGCCUUCCGAGCCCUCAGCGCUGAAAACAAACCCUACGUCACUAAAGAGGAGCUCUACCAGAACCUGACUAAAGAGCAGGCAGACUACUGUCUGUCGCACAUGAAGCCCUACCUCGACAGCAAGGGCCGCGAGCUGCCGUCAGCUUUCGACUUUGUCGAAUUCACUCGCUCGCUCUUUGUCAACUGAUCCUUUCCCCACCAGUGACCAAUCGGGAAGCGUUUCCCACACACACUUCAAUAUGAACACACAGCUGAAACUGCAUGAUCGUGGCACUAGGAAUACUCACCAAUACCAAAACUCUGUACUCUAUUUAUCUCGCUCUGACCUAACUCUUUGUGCUUCUCAUGGUAGUGAAUGUGAUUGUUUUUAGCCAUUUUAGCUUGUGCUUUCAGUAAAUUUAAGAACCUUGCAACAAUGAUGUAACACCACCUUAACAUUUGCAGUGUGCUUUAAUAAACGCUACUGGUUAAAACUGGAA